AUGAGUUUCAUAGCUGUGUCAAGGUUACACAGUCAGACAUGUGACCAGGGCUGCUGCACACACUGACCUCUCCACAGCACUACACUACACAGCAGCUCAAACUAACUUCUGUGGAGCUUCAAGGUCUCUCUAUAGGCUCAGUGAUCUAACAAAGACAGCGAGAAUGGAAGACGAUGAGAAGAAAGAACUGCUGGUCAAUGACGAGGUUGCCGAUCUCUCGAGCCCUCCCUCCUAUGGUACAUCAGAGGGAGCUUCCAGACCUGCAGAGGACACUAUUAACAGUGAACCAACAGUCAUCAAAGGUGGUUUCAUAUUUCGGCACAGACACGUGAUCCCAGGUUAUGGAGUGUAUCGUAUGAUACGUGGAGUCAAGCCCUACGCUCACUGGGUCUUGCUCAUGAUGUUGCUGGUCUAUCUCAUCAAUCAGUUGGAUCGCUACACGCUACCAAUCGUUGUCACGGAGAUUGGGUACGACUUGGAGUACGGAGAUGAGAUGUGUAUGGUGAACAAGGAGCUGAACCACACAGUGCUGGAUGAGUUUGAAACAAUCACUAUGCGGUGCUCUAAUCAGUCCUAUGAUGGCCUCGAUAUCAAGAAUAAUGAGACAAACUGCAACAACUCGAUCGACGUUAAGUUUGAGUGGGGGAACAAGACAUUUGAUGCGUGUAGAUGGUGGUACUCUGGCACUGGUAUCCUGUAUGAAGUGGUGGCCGGACCAGUGUUCAAUAAUCUCUACAUUGUUGCUGGCAUCUUUACCGGGUUCUUGGCGGACUAUGGAAGACGGACAGUCUGGUUGGUCAUCUGUCUGGUGAUCUGGAGCCUUGCUGUGGGAGUGACAGGUUUCGUGACUUCGUACUGGCAACUGGUACUUCUGAGAGCAGUGCUGGCCAUUGGUGCUGCUGGUUGCAGUCCAUUUGCCGUGUCCAUUUUGGCCGACUACUACCCCCCAGAGUUCCGGGGCACCUCUGUAGGAUUCUACUAUUGGGGUAUCUACAUCGGGUACAGUCUCUCGUUUGCCAUCGGGAACGGCAUCAAGCAAACCAUCGGCUGGAGAUGGGUCUUCUUUCUCAGUGGGAUCAUCGGUCUUGCAGCUGCUCCUCUGGUCCUUUUCACAGUAAAGGAACCUCCUCGCUCGCAAAACAAGGCCGUGGAUAAAGCUGGAAAAUCCGAGAAAAAACUCAGUUUAAAGGAACGUAUUGUUCUCCUCUUGAAAACCUUCUUUAUGCCUGGGAUGCUCAUGUUGUGCUUGGCAGGGGGUAUUAGGAACGCUGGGGGCUAUGUCUGGGCGUAUCACACUGAGCUGUUCUUUGAGGAGGUGGGAUACAGCUCCACUACCAUCCAACAGUGGAUGUCUUGGAUUCCCUUGGUGGCGGGUUCCAUAGGAGCAGUGGUGGGGGGUCUCAUCUCUGACAUCCUCGUCAAGGGCCGCAGUCCCUACAUGAGGAUAUGGGUGCUCAUCAUCAGUCAGAUGGCUGCUGCCCCAUUUGCCCUGGGUGCCCUCUUCCUGCCCUACCCCUGGUGCUUUCUCUCUCUCCUCCCCUCCAACAUCAUCGGUGAGAUGUGGGUCGGUGUCACCACAGCGCUCGUUGUCGACCUUGCUCCAAGUCGUGUCCGUACCGGGGCUGUCAGUAUCUAUCUUUUCAUCAUCACGCUAAUCGGAGGCAACUUUAACCUGCUAGUGACUCCCAUUCUCAAUGCCAUACAACAGAGCCUCCCUCACCUGUUGAGCCUCAGGAUCACGCUGAGUGUGACGUUCCCUGGCGUGUAUGUCCUGAGCUCUCUGCUGUUCAUUGCGACUUUCUUUCUGAUGAGGUCUGAUCUACGAAAGAAGGCCAGGCUAGAGGCGGAGGGAACUUCCACCAAACCAGUUUAGCACGUCCAUGAGAAAAUUGAGACUGCUAUAGCUAUAAUAGUGGACUAACUUUUUUCUUUAUUGAUGCUGUUUUAUACAAACUGUAAUGAAUAGUUUUACUGGUUUCUUUGUUUUGAGCACUGAUACAAUAUUGUACAUGUAUCCACUCUGUACAUGUUACAUUAGUAAUUUACCACUGUAAA